AUGUCAAACUUGUUGAGGGUGUUGGAGAGGCAACAGAAACAAAGGGAAGAAACAAGGCGUAGACGUGCUCAAGAAGAUCGGGAAGCCAAUGAAGAAGAGGAACUACUGCUUGCAGCAGCGGUGUGUAUGAUGGAUCAAUCAAGGCAACACCGUCGUCCUCGUGCCCCGAAUGUGGACAGACGUAGGGAGUCUCGGGGUAAGAAUCCCCACGAGCCUCCGACUUCAAUAGAAGAUGCCAUUCGUUUUUUUUAUACAAAUGGAAAGUAG